CAGUCGAUGGUUUAAAGUAAUGUACAUUUGCAGGCAUAAUACUGCAAGAGGAGACGAGUACACCGUAUAUAACUACUACAGACAGAGAUAUCUGUGUAGCUAUAAUUGCUGACACGUAUUUUAUAAUUUCAAAUCGAACACGUGAAUGAUAUAUCUACAUAUCUCUUAUCUCUCUUUUUGUACACCAACUUCGAUGCCUGUCUGUCAUCGUGUGUCUUGUUACGUUGCACCAGUGUGCUUAUUUUUUCGAUGCUUGUCUAGUGUUUAUAGUAUAGUGACCAUAAUCUUGCAGUUCGUAUCAGUAUCAGUUCAUAUUAUUGUGUUGCAGUAAAAAUCGAAAUUAUGGUGGUUUUGUGAAAUCGUAUUAUUGAUAGCGUAAUAAUAAUUUCGAUGUUUCGUAUUCGUUCGAUGGGCUUAUUUUAUAUUUCGAGUUAUUCCCUUCGCAGAAAAUCGAGCCGAUGAAAAUGGACGAAGAUAAUCCGGUCGAAUUGUUACGCUCGUUGGCGGCGAAAUCUUCGUGUAUACAAUUAGUCUACGAGUGGGCCAGCUGCGAAACACCGGCAAUCUAUACUUGGAAGAACGAAGAAGACUAUCGUACUCGUACAUGCUCCUAUCACGAUUGGUUCAUCUGUCAAUUGAACGAAAUGCAACUACCCGAAAGCUCGGUGAUCCCGAAUUUGAUCCAAGACCAAAUCGAGUACCACAUAAUGUCGAUUUUGAACCAGGUCACACGAUGGAUCAGUUAUCACCAUAGACUAAAUUUCUUCCACGAUGAACCGACAUCUUCGCUGAAAGAAUACCUACUGAAAUUGGUUUGGAAACCGGAUCGAUCCAUUGACUACACGGAGACUGCGAAAAACAUCUUGACUAGUUCGACGAAUUUCAACUCGAUGGAGAGGUAUAGAUUCGCUUGCACGUAUUGUUUCCCCAAAGAUGUUUGGAAUUUGCGAGAUAUGGCGCCGGUAGCGAUUGAUUGGGAUUUCGAAGAAGAGCCUUUGCUGGUUUAUUGGAGUAAAUACUUGGCCAAUCAGCUGCAUACGAUUAGUUUACCGGCGUACGCUUCGAUCGACGUGGUUAUGUUUGCUAAAGCACUAAAAGAGUACGAUCUUUGGCGACCUAUACAGUAUUUCUUCGCUAAACUGAACUCUGGUCUGAAAGUAUGGCAAUUUGGCAACGUUAUCACGAACGGAGGUGAUCGAAAAUAUCGAACAGAUCUGCUAGCCCAGCUGACCGAUGGUGAAAGAAGUCUCGUCUACCGAGAUCAGAUGGAAACGUUGCUCAAGACGUACGUCAAGUCGGAUAACCUGGAAGGUAUCCGGCAGCUGUAUUCGGAAUUGAAGAACGAUUUGAGUAUGGAGAAUUUCGUCCUUCUGAUCGAAGAAUUGGCGUUGUGUUCGAUGAAAAAUUAUCGUAAUUUUAACGAGCUGACGCCUUUAUUGAUGGCCAUUUGGAACCAAUGCAACGACGAAUGCGAAUGGAUGACGACGACGAUGACCGGUUUGCAGUCUCGGAUCGCCGAAAAAUGCGUCGAUUUGAUCGAACUAAACGCGAAAUCAAUUUUCCAACACAGAGACCGAUACGAGCAGCCAUUGGUGUUUAUUCGAGCCUUGGCUGCGGCUUGUAAUCCGCGAAGUUUCCUCAAGUCGAAUUUCUACUGGCUGGUGAUUUGGCAACCGUUCGCUCGAGUCGUAGAAUUGAUCGACGAAUUCCAACUGGAUGCCGAAUACGUGGAGAAAUUGAGGAAAAACACUCGGAAAUCGCAUAAAAUGGAGUACGCUAGCGUGAUAUACCUCGAGUGUGGCCAGUUCGCCGAAUUCGGUAGUUUCGUAUCGUUUUGUUACGCCGGGUUCCAGACCAAUAGCUUGGCCCAGCAGGCUUUGGUGAGUAGUCUGGAUGGCUUGGAUGCUCUGAGUACUGCGAUGAAUCGUAUCGACUGGAGACUGGUUUACGAAUUCGUGCGAAAUGUGUUUCGCGAUAGCGACGGUGGUAUCGUGGCGAAUUGCACUACUCUGCUGAUGUUUCACGCUUUGGGAAAAGACGAUUGUUUUUUGAAACAGAUGAUGAACCGAGGCGAGGCGAUCAGCAUCGUCGAAUGUAUUCGGACUUUCGUACCGCACGAGGGGAUUUAUUUUUCGCAAGCUAAGAUGGUCUGUCUCGAUUUAUUCUUCGUGUAUUUACAUAAUCACGCGGAUUUCGUCUUCAAGUCGACUCUGUUCGAGGAGUUGUUGAUUUGGGGAUAUGGAAUCGAGGCGGAUGUGGCUCGAUUCAGAGACAAGAUCAACGUUUCGAAGAUUUUCAUUACUCAGUUGGGUAGCUGCGUGGACGAGUAUACGUUCAGAGCAACGGACUCGAUCGAGGAGUUUUUACGUUGGUAUUAUCCGGUGGAAAGCGAAAGGAAGGUGUUUAAAUUGGGGAUGAUUUAUUCGUACGGCGAAUUCGGAAUUAUCGCCGGGUUCUUGAAGCAGAGAAGGUAUCGUCGAAGUAUGCUGAACUGGUUUUUCGAUAAUAACGCCUACGAAAUGACCGAGUUUGUGACUAAAAUAUACGUUUAGAGGUUUUUCAUCGCGAAGUGGUUGUCGAAGGAUGUGAUAUUGUUUUUGAAGUUGUUAUAAUGAUUGUAUUUGUAUGUGUAAGUAAUGUCUAAUUUAUUUCGUUUGUGAUUCCAACCCUUUUUAGUUUUCUAUUUAUUCUGUCUGAUUCGUUGAAGUGGGAUAAUAAAUAUGUGAUGUGUGUACCGGA